AUGGUUCUGCCUAUCGCGUUUGGAACAGUCUCCGAUCCUGAUUUAUGGCGGCUAUUAAGUUCCCCAACAGAAUUCUUUGCUAGUCCACGAGCAACUAGAAUCAUUGUUGCUAUUUUAAAAGCGGCUCCAGUUGUGCCUGUUGUUUUACGAGAGAAGGUCACGAAAGCGUAUCGUGCAUUGGAGCUCUUAGAAGAUUAUCACGCUCUUCUUGUUGAUCCAAGAGACGAUGAACUUCGAAUAGCGAUCGAGCGUGUCAUAACAACAUUUAAGAAGAGUUUGUUCCAAGCACUUCUGGACCUUCAGGAAUUCUAUGAGGAAACUCUACUCAACGAGCGAAAAACCGUCCCGCAGAAAAUAGCAGAAUCAAAAGAGAUUGCAAGGCGUUUAGAUGCACACCCACCCUUUGGUUCUUUGAUCGGAAGCAGGCCUGCUUUUACAUCAACGUUAUCAGCUCCACUAGCGACUGCCGAGGUCAAUGAAGUGGUUGACAUUAUGGGCAGAACUUGGGAAAUUGAAGACGUUGUGUUGGAAAAGGGCACAACUGGAUUAGGAUUUUCGAUUACCGGAGGAACUGACCAGCCGGCUGAAGACGGCGAUACUUCAAUUUAUGUCACUAAUAUCAUCAUGGGUGGUGCUGCUGCAGCGGAUGGUCGUAUGAAGAAAUACGACAAAAUUUUGAAAGUCAACAAUACAGAAUGCGUAAAUGUACCACAUGAAGUUGCUGUUAAUGCCCUGAAAACAGCAGGAAACGUGGUACGACUGACGCUCAAACGUCGUCGAGAAGAGGUAAAUAUUCCCAUUACAACCGGCGGUUCUCUGGGCUCAGCAAGUCAUUUGAACAGAAGCGACCUAAACAGAAGCGACAUCACAUCAUCAUUAGGAGCCCUGAACGUGUCUCGUGGAUUCGAAGGUACUGCGCAAUCGCCUAGUGUUCCUCCAAGUUAUCCACCACCUCCUCCGCCAGCACAUGGAGGCUCUCAAGUCCAUCUUGCUCAUAACUUACCUCCAAUGGGCUUGAGUUCUAGAGCCAGACUAGCGCAUUCCAUCGAUCUUUACAAGGGACAACGUGGUCUGGGCUUUUCGAUCGCCGGUGGUGUAGGCAAUGAGCACGUACCAGGAGAUACUGAUAUUUAUGUUACAAAGAUCAUUGAUGGAGGAGCUGCAUAUCAUGAUGGGCGUCUCGGUGUCGGAGAUAGAAUUUUAGCUGUCGAUGACAUCGGACUUGAGAAUGUUACACAUGAGUAUGCCGUCGAUGUAUUGAAGCGAACCGGCACGAAAGUCACAUUGUUGGUGCUCAAAGCAGACCCAAAUGUGAAUGUCAGCUCAAUUGAAGAAACUGCAAGCCGUCAGUAUGUUGCAUCCACUCCACAAUAUCCUCAGACAACACCAAUCAGAUCUAGUUCAAUGCAAGAUUUCAAUCGUUCAUUCGAUUCACAAAGUGCACUAGCAUACGGUGGACCUCAAGCAACUCCGAUUGGAGGACUCGGCUUUAACAUUGUUGGUGGUGAGGAUAACGAACCGAUCUAUAUUAGCUACGUCUUACCAGGCGGUGUUGCUGAUUUAAGCGGUAAUGUCAGAAAGGGCGACGUUCUUCUCGAAGUAAAUGGUCGUUCUCUGCGAAACGCAACGCAUUCUCAGGCUGCAGAAACUCUUAAAAAUGCUCAGAAUCCUGUUACCCUCACGUUGCAGUACAGACCUCAUGAUUACCAGCAGUUUGAAGCGAAGAUUGAGCGAUUGCGCAACGACAUGAUUCAGGCAAAUUCUACGGGUGGAACGCUCCCGCGAAAGGACUUAUUCGUUAAGGCACUGUUCGAUUAUGAUCACACCCGUGAAGUCGGCGUUCCCCACCGAUCCAUAUCUUUCCAAUAUGGUGACAUUUUGCACGUGAUGAAUACAUCAGAUGAUGACUGGUGGACUGCUAAAAAGAUUCUGGAAAAUGGCGAGGAGUCUCAAGAAGGAGUGAUUCCCUCAAAGAAACGCAUAGAGAAAAGGGAAAGGGCACGAAGAAAACAGGUCAAUUUCAAUGCUGGCUCUAUGUCUCUGGGUCGCAGCGCUGGCCAGAUAGGAGGUAUGGAGGGCAGACGAGGCAGCAAAAGUCAACUUUCGUUUUCAAGGAAGUUCCCAUUUGUGAAGAGUACCGAUCGUUUGAACGAAUUCACUGACCAAGAACUAGGCGUAAGCGAAGAUCCGAUCUUCUCAUACCAAGUUGUGGAACAACAAUCAUUGAAUUAUGUUCGCCCAGUCAUCAUUCUCGGAGCGCUGAAGGAUAGAAUCAAUGACGAAUUAGUUACAAGAAAUCCGGAUCGCUUCAGCAGCUGUGUUCCUCACACUUCUAGACCCCCACGAGAACACGAGGUUGACGGUAGAGAUUACCACUUCGUAAGCAAAGCUCAGAUGGAGCACGAUGUCAAAAACAACUUGUUCAUUGAAGCAGGGCAAUUCCAAAAUAAUUUAUAUGGAACAAGUAUUGACAGCGUACGAAUGGUCGCGCAGCAGGGUCGUCAUUGCAUUCUGGAUGUGAGUGGAAACGCUAUUCGGCGUCUUCAGUCGGUUGCUAAUAUUUACCCGAUCGCAAUCUUCAUUAAACCAACCAGUCAUCAUCACAUUAUGCAAUUAGAUCACUCAAUGAACGAGGAUGAAGCCAUGCAGCAAUAUCAACGAUGCCAACGACUGGAGCAAACAUUUGGAGACUUGUUCACACAAGUAAUUUCACACGGGCAGUCUGCGGAAGAAGUUCUCGGCCGUGUGCAGCAUGUUAUCGCCAAUGAAGCGCGACCAUAUGUAUGGAUACCGAACAAUGCUAGGCAAUUGUAA